AUGAGCCACACAGUAACCAUCGAGGAACCCCAGGCCAAGCCGCAAGUGUCUAAACUCCAGUGUGAGAUGAGCUCGAAGGCCGGGAAAAUCGGCUCUGGUCGAAUAUAUGAUUUCCUGUACGAUCCACUGUUUACUGUGUCAAGCGAGAAAGACCACACACAGGCGAAUAUCCAAGCCACCCUGUUUAGAAGCCGACUGAAAAAAGUUCCUAGGUUUAGAACCAUGUUCAGUAACCUGAUCCGUUAUCCAAGAUAUUCUCUGUAUUGGAGCAAAGCAGAUCCUGUCCCACCAUUUAUCAAUCGGGAAUGGAGGGGACAUGAGGAGAGAUGCAAAGAAGCCCUCCAGCAGCUUGCUGUAACUGACAGUUUUCAGAUGCUUAAAGAAGUUUAUGAAGAUCCUGAAGUUACCGGAAGGAAUCGCUAUAAAUAUUUUGAGAGGCCUUUUCUUCCGUUUUAUCAACAGAUUCCCCUGAAUGUUGUUUAUGCAGUAACCAAGGCAGAACCAUAUAAUUUUCCUCCUGCUUCCACUAAGUUCAUACCCAUCCCUUCAAAGUCUACUGUGGGCACUCAGACUGAUUAUCGGGAUGCUGAUGUUCAAACAGAUCCAUACUCUCCAGAAUACCUAGUAUGUCAGGACUCAAUCCCUGAGCUCUUGACACUGGCUACUCUUACUUGGGGUCGAGGUCUCCCAGCCGGACAGGCUGAGGUGGAGAUGAUAGAACGCGCCCGUGAGAAGCGUGCUUGGGAAGCCACUCUCCCCCCGCUGAGUGACAUCUCCCAGUUUGAGAAGAGGAGGAAGAUGAUGAAUGCCAUGGAGAGGAAGGAGUGGGCCUUCAGAGAGCAGGAGAUUGAAAAACUGCAGGAGAUUCGCCUGCAAGUUCUGACAGAGCUGCUGAGGAAGCGUGAAGAGAAUCAGAAUGCAGUGAACACGAAGCGCUUGAACGCCCAGUGGACUAAGCUGCAGGAAGCCAAAGAAGCCAAACUGGCGCAGAUCCAGCGCGCAUACGUGUCAGAGAUCAGAAAACUUGUAGGAAGGGGAAAGAAUGUAGAAGGGAAAUUGGAGAGAAGAAAUAUCAUCAAUGACUAUUGUGAUUACGCAUCACAGGUCUACGGACCUUUGUCUCGUCUUGGUCGUUUCCCAGACAACAACUCAGAGGACUUUGUAGUAAAAAACCACUAUCUCAACACCUAUGAAGGAUUAGUCGAACUUGAGUCAUGUCUCCCAGAUUUUGUGACACAGCCCCGAAUCAGACCUCCAAAACUCUCUUCUACCAGACCUGCUGGUUUUCUGAAGAGGACAUCAAAGUUGGACCAUGAGUUAGCAGAGGUUCAUAAGGUACUGUUGGAUAAGAAUAAUAAACUUCAAGAGGGAAAGAAACCCCUGCGCUUCCUUCAAAGAAACCCAAUACCUCAACCUCGGCUUCCCACUCCAACCCUGCAAAUGAGUUCCAAUGAAGAAGAGGAUAUAGAAAUGGCUGUGAUCUACCUUCAAAAGUUACUCCGGGGCCGAGUUGUUCAAAACAUGAUGUUUGAAGGGAAAGAAAAGCGCCUAGAGCUGAUCCAGGAGCUGCGCACCAGCCACGCGCUGCAAGAUGACGACAAGCUGGUGAAGAAAGCUGAGAAGCAGGUGACCCUGGCGCUCCAGCGGCAGAGGAACUUGCACGAGCACAAGGUGGCAUUGGUUGAAAACCACUUGGCCGGGCUGGAAGGCAGGGUGCUGGCAGACAUGUUUGACUUCCUGUCCAAAGAACUGGUGAGACUGCAAGAAGAGAGGAGGAUCCACGCCUUUGCCAUGCUGGCUGAGCGCCAGCGGAGGAUACGGGAGGCCGAAGAGAGUGGCCGGCGCCAGGUGGAACUACGGCGCCUGCGGGAGGAGGAUGAGAUAUUUAAGGAGGUAAUUAAAGUUCACCAAAGUACUGUAUCCUCCUAUCUGGAAGACAUAAUACUGAAUGCUGAAGAGAACACGGCAGAAGAACAAGCCAGGGCAGAAAUUGAAAAGAUGGCUGAGGAAAUCAAUGACAUUGCUUAUGAAAUAGAAAACCGUCGAACUCAUCUUCAGUCGGAGGAGAUUGUUGCUGAGUUGGUUUAUAGUUUUCUAAUCCCAGAGGUGCAAAAAGACUUUGUUAAAGAAAAAGUGAGGAACGCACAGCGGAAACAUAUUCUUGCAGCCCAUGAGAUCAUCCACAGGCACACGGAAGCCAUGAUCCUAAAGACAGUGACUGGGCAUCGGCAGGGCAAGGUCCCAGACGCUGACAAGUCUGCUGACAAAGAUGAGAAAGAUGAGAAAGAUGAGAAAGAAACCCCAGAUGAGGGACACAGCUAA